AUGGCACUGGGCUCCGACAGUUCCAAAAUGGUUCUGGUCUUGAUGGAUAUGCCAUUUUGCGGCAGGCCUAGAAAACCUCGCCCACUGAUUUCAGUCAUAUUAUCAGCAUCUGUUAUUUUGAUAAUCCUCUUGGAACCCAUCGGGCAUUCCAGGUCUUCAUUGACUCUGGGCACCACCACCUCCGUGAGGGCUGUAGCAUCAGGUAAAUAA